ACGGAAGUGACAUUCCCUUCCCUGGAGGUCGGGGAAGGAAGGCUACCGGCAAAAUGUGUCUGUCUUCCUCUUCAUUGUGAUAUCUUAAAUCAAUACAGGCGAAACGCGCAGUUCAAUGUAUUCGGUGGGGAACUGUCAUCGGUACAGUCAAUCUGUCGGAUUCUAUCGCUGGAUUUAAAAAGCACGCCAGUAUGUCGGGUGAGAGCAGUACUCAGGACGGCAAUGGGACAGCUGGGAGGGUCAUUCGGAUUGGAACAAGAAAGAGCCAGCUGGCUCGCAUCCAGACCGACAGUGUGGCUGAGAAGCUAAAGGAACUCAAUCCAAAUGUCCACUUGGAAAUUGUUGGCAUGUCGACAACAGGAGAUAAAAUCCUGGAUACAGCUUUAUCAAAGAUUGGACAAAAGAGCCUUUUCACUAAAGAGCUGGAGAAUGCACUGGAGAGAGACGAAGUGGACUUGGUAGUGCACUCCCUGAAGGACCUGCCUACCACACUGCCCCUGGGGUUCACUAUUGGAGCCGUGCUCAAGCGUGAAAAUCCACAUGAUGCUGUGGUCCUUCACCCAAAGCAUGCAGGGAAAACACUGGACACCCUGCCAGACAAGAGUGUGAUUGGCACCAGUUCUCUUCGGCGUGCGGCACAGCUGAAGAAGAGGUUCCCUCACUUGGAGUUUAAAGACAUUAGAGGAAACCUCAACACUCGACUGAAGAAGCUGGACGAGAAGGACGACUUCGCCGCCAUCAUACUCGCCACGGCAGGGCUGAGACGCAUGGGCUGGGACAGCCGCGUGAGCCAGAUACUAGGUCCUGAAGACUGUAUGUAUGCUGUUGGGCAGGGGGCGCUAGCAGUUGAGGUGAGGGCGAGAGACAAGGACAUCCUGGAGAUGGUGUCCGUCAUGCACGACCCCGACACUGUGCUGCGCUGCAUCGCUGAGAGGGCCUUCAUGCGACAGCUGGCAAGGGGCUGCAGUGUACCGGUGGCAGUGCACACAGAAGUGAAGGACUUUCAGCUCUACCUGACUGGCGCUGUGUACAGCCUUGAUGGCUCGGACAGCCUGAAGGAGACCAUGCAGACCAGCGUCGAGCCAGGCAAUGAGGUGGAGGAGGCGGCGGUGGACGAGGGCGCCCAUCGGGUGGGGGUCACGGCCAGCAACGUGUCGCAGGCGGCCCAGGACGCCGCAGAGAAGCUGGGGAUGGACCUGGCCAAGCUGCUGCUCAGCAAAGGGGCCAGGGAGAUCCUGACUGUGGCCAGGCAGCUCAACGACGCGCGCUGACGUUCCCCCUCCUGGGCCUCACUCUCACAUGUAGGACCAACCAUCCUGACUUUGUACGCCUGUGCGUGGCAGAGAGGGGGCGAAAUCUGCAGCCGUUAUGAGUACAAAUGGGUGUCCUUCACUGAUCACGGUAAACCCAGGGAUCGUGUGUGGUUGGACGUUGUUAAUCAGUCUGCCAUGUGAGGCUCCUCUGGUGCUAAUAUGAAAAACUCAUCCGGGGUUUUCUUUUACAUACUUGCAUACUUCUAUAUCGCUUCAAAAAUAUAUAUAGUGCCGAUUUCACAGGCACGGAUGAAGCUUUAAAAUUGAGACAAAAUCGAGUUUUGUAUGGGGAAUCUCCAUUCAAAAUUGAAUUUGGUCGAGGACGAAGCUUAAUCUGUGUCUGUGAAACUAGACCAAAAGCAUUAUGGGCAACCGUUAUAGAAAUCCCAAUAGCAGUAGUGUCCUGGAAUGCUGAUCAUGUUCGAACUCUUUCGGCACAUAACACAUCUGACAUGCUGGCAUCUAAACGAUGCAAACACUUGAGCAGCACUGGAUAUUUUCAUAGUGGCACUAGCUGCAAUUUCAUACUUUCUUGAACCCUCUGGUCCAGAAAGAUGCAGUGAAAGCUUGUGUGUGAAUGUUCUGAGAUUGGUUUGAAAUAUGCUACAUAAAUAUUACAUUUAUUAUUAUUUCACUCACCACCUGAGUAAUUUCAGGGUCAGGUUUGUGAAUGCACCGGGAUUUUACAGGAAAGGUUAUUUUUGUAAAUGAGGAUGUAAAGGAGAUGGUUGUAAGUUAGCUGUAUGACAAAGAACAAUGUUGCUGAUGCACUUCAAACGCCAUGCGUGCCAUAAUUUUAUGCGACUGAUCUAAAUGUCCUUCCCUAAUACAUGGGAAUGGCCCAGCAGUUACUCUGCAGAAGGCACAAUGUCAUAUCCACCCAGCAAACUAUAUGAAUGUCAUAAAGUAAACUGGCACAGUAAAUUAUGUGACUGUGAAGAAGUUCCUCCACCAUCUCUGCAGUGCUUCCAUAGCUGCAGAACAGACAGAGCGAUUAGCCCUUUCGGUCCCAAGCCAUAUGGCACCAAUCAAAAUGAUGGCUAUACUAUAGUUUUGAGCCGCUAUUAAAACCCUAAAAAGAUUUCUCAACCAAAGCCAACAUUGGGAUUUGGGUGGAGCCACUUUAUAUUGGGCUUGGGACUGAACGGGUUAAAAUCCACAUUCAUGGGCCAGUAUGGCAUGCUGGAAAAAGCUCUAAACAAUCCAAAGGUUACUUGCUCAGUUCUAAUAUCAUCCCACAUUCGCCUGUGUCCAUUAUCCGUAUAGCUGUGUGUUUUUAAAAGGUUUUAGCUAAUGGAUUUGAAUUUAAUAUUGAGCCUGAAAUGUAAACCCACACACUUCUACAGUGUAAACCGCAAUAAACGCAGAGCGUAUAUGGACAUUCUGCUGAUGCUGCAGUAUGUGCCUUCUAAAUGUAAACAUGCUGAUCAACCUUACAUGAGCCAUCAAUAUAUAAACGCACUCAUUGGCCUUACGUUAGUGUUUACACAAACAAAACUACUGUAUAAUUUUACUGUCUCGUUUAUGCUUUGUCUGUGAGUUAUAAUAAAGCUAUUUCUUACAAAGUA